UCAAUGUCUUUUCGCUCGUGCUGAUUUCUAUUCCCUGUAAGGAACAGAGCAAGGUGCAAAAACAGGUUUAUAUAACAGUACCGAAACACAAGGCCGCAAUAAAAUAAAAAAAUAAAACCUGAAAAAUAACAUUGAAAAACGCCUGCGGUAACCCCGCCGCGGUGCACAUUGUGUGGAACCAAAGAGGUUUAACGGAAGACAUGUUGUGUAUACACAUGUUAUAUACAUAUACACACACACUUCAGUCUCAGAAUCACAAGUUUGUAAUGCUGAUGACACAUGGAUUAUAAAGAGUGUAUUUGCGAUAAUUAGUCGGUGUAACACGGAGAGAGAGAGUGAGGAGAAUUCACCAGAUAACAGUUGGCUGGAAGAAGAUAAGCGACCGCAAAUGAAGUGUGAGAAUUGCACCAAGACGGAAUGCAGUAAGAAGCAGAAGAACGAUGAGAGCCAAAGGUCCACCGGGGAAUCGGUCGACACGACAGAGGAGAAUGGGGAGACCAGUGAGUUUCACAAGCUGGCGGGUAAGCGGGUGUACCUGAGUGACUGCCUGGCCUGUGACAGGUGUGUCUCGGAGGAGGAGAGCCGGAGAAUUUCUCAACAGAACCAGAAGGAGCUGUUCAGGAUCCUAAACCUCAACAAGAAAUGCGAUACCUCAAAACACAAAGUGCUGGUCGCCUCCCUUUGCCCACAGUCACUGCCUUACUUUGCUGUGAAGUUAAACCUCUGCAUUCCUGAAGCCACCAAGAAACUCUGCAGCUUCCUGAAAAGCCUGGGGUUCCAUCACGUGUUUGAUGCCACCCUGGCAGCUGACUUCAGCAUCCUGGAGAGCCAGAAAGAGUUUGUGGAGCGCUACCGGCAGAGGAAUCAAGACCAGCAGGCCCUGCCAAUGUUUACCUCUGCCUGCCCUGGUUGGAUUCGCUAUGCAGAGCGAGUGCUAGGCAGCCAGGUGACCCCUCACAUCUGCACAGCCAAGUCCCCUCAGCAGAUCAUGGGCUCCCUGGUCAAGGACUACUUUGCCAAACAGCAGGGGCUGGCCCCAGACAAGCUGUACCAUGUGGUGGUGGCUCCCUGCUUUGAUAAGAAGCUGGAGGCCCUGCGAGAGGAGUUCUACAACAGUCUGCAGGACUCUCAGGAUGUGGACUGUGUUCUCACCUCAGGGGAAAUCAUUCACUUGAUGGAACAGAGGAAUGUGUCUGUGGAGGACUUGGAGUCCACCCCUUUAGAUCACGUGUUUGGGGACACAGAGGAGGCUGAUCUUGCCCGGCAUGAUGGGAGCGGGGCAGAGGGCUCCCUGGAACACAUUUUCAAGUUCUCUGCAAAGGAGUUGUUUGGAGUGGAGGUGGAGGAAAUAGUUUAUCAAUCACUAAAAAACCGUGAUUUCCAGGAGGUGACCCUGCAGAGGGAUGGAGAGCCGCUCUUGCAGUUCGCUGCAGUCUACGGCUUCCGAAACAUCCAGAACAUGAUCCACAAAUUGAAGAAGGGUCGCUUCCCUUACCAGCUGGUGGAGGUGCUGUCCUGCCCUGGAGGCUGUCUGAAUGGGAAGGGACAGACAGAGAGUGGGAAAGUUGACGGGGCCCUGCUGCAGCAGAUGGGGGAGGUGUACACCAGCCUGCCUGUGCAACUGCCUGAGACCAGCGCCCAGGUGCACAGACUCUACAGUGACUGGCUGCAGGGACCCGAGUCCCAGCAGACCCGGGAGGCCCUGCACACUCAUUACAGGCCAGAGAACCCAGCCAACAGCACUGCAGACUUCAAGUGGUAGUGUGGAUGACCACCUGCAACAUUAUCAUUACCAUCUUGUGCUGAAGAUCUUUUAAGUGCUUUGCAUAUUUAUUUUUGCUGUUUUUAUUUUCAAAAUAUGAAGCUACAGUUACCCUUCCUGUAGUGAAGGUCACAUGGUCUGCUUUUACAUACAGCAUACAACACAGAGAAAGGGUACCAGAAACAAACUUUCAUUCUGCAUUAAAUUAAGACGAACAGACAACCAAGGAAUCUUUGGCACAAGAAAUGUGUACCACUGGAGGUAAAAUAAAGGAUUUUAAAGUUUUGGGUAUAACUGCUGCCAUAGCACUGUAUAUAGUAAGGCCACCAUCAUUCAAAUUGUUCUUGAGAGAUAAGUGCCUGCUCCUCGUUCUUACCUGAAAGCAAAUUCGACAAUGUCUUAAACUUACUCCAUAGAUCCAGAGUAAUGAAACUCAGACCUUAAGAGCAUAGGGAGGAAAGGGACACAGGCUGGGAACCACUUGAGUUAUGUUGCCACUAUCCUUACCAAGUAGCAAAUAUCUACAACUGCUAAAGAAACACUCAGUAAUAGAAUACAACACACCCCUUUGCUUGUCACCCAAUACAAAUUCCAGAUUUGGGGGGGGGGGGGGGAAAGAGAAGAGACGAUACUUCUGAAUCAGAUUAAAUCUCCCAACCCCGCUCCAGCUUGAAACUGAUUUGCUUGCAAAACAUAGAGGGUUUACGAGUUGAUUCACUUGAAUCAGAUUAGAUGCAGAUAAACAAGAUUAUGAUGAUCUGAUCACUAUUAGCUUGUGUGCGUUUCUUAGAAGUACAGUUGCACCCCGUGUUAUCAAAGAAAUUUCCCUCAUUUAUCUAAAUGCAGACCCUUGGUGAACAACCACAUAAUGAUAGUACUGUAUUAACUUUCACAAAAUGAUACAUUGCCAGCCACUAGAAACUUUAUUCACAGAAUUGCAUCUUCAUCUGGAUAAUCUGAGCAGCAGAUGUGCCUGAAAAGAACUGUGUCGUUACUCUUUCUUCUAUUUUGUGUACAUUGUUCUUGCAGGAAGUCAAACAUACCCGAAGAUAAAAAUCAACCAGAGAAUGGAAAUUAACUCAUCACUUUACUGAAUCAACCACCCUUUGAUGCGGUCUAGUCAGUUGAUUUAAGUGAAUCACCUAGCAUUUUAAGAUUGAGACCAUAAAAAUUGUGUGUGUGUGUGUAUAUAUAUAUAUAUAUAUAUAUAUAUAUAUAUAUAUAAAUAAAUGAACAUAAUUUAGAUAUUUUAUUUAUCAUCUAAUCAAAGAAACAAGAUGAUAUCACAAAAGUCUAGUGUUUCAUGUUAGAUUUUGAAAUGUCACACUUGUCAGUUUUUCAUUAAGUAUAUGGAAAACUACAAAGCAGUAUGUAAUUCAAUAUGUUAACGUAACAUUAUUCAGCAGGCUUCAUUCAACUAUGAUAUUCACAACAGCACCCUAUAAAGACCAUUGUGGUGCUACUCCUAGAAUCAACAGGACUGCUCAUUCAUAUCUGUUCAUGUGUGUACUGAAUGGUUUGAACUGGUUUCAGUAGAGGCUGAUUUUACUGUCUUGUAUCUCAAUCAACGUUUCAUUUUUAAUGUAUUUUUUAGCUUUAAAUUGUAAAGAGUUUCCAAUAACGUUUUCUUUCUGUACCCGAGUUCAAGCUCCCCUUCGGUUCUAGUUGCUUGGAUAUACUAUAUGUAACUUGUGGUGAGCUCAUCCACAGUGUCUGUAGAAUGACGUGCCAGUGCCAUCAUGAGCUCGGGUACUUCAGAUCAAGUUUGUGUUAGAAUUGCUGGCACUCUUUUAAAGGCACUUUCCCUGAUCUAGCCUAUGUUACUUAUGUCGGGCAGGAAAUUAAAACUGAAGUUCUUGAACUCAGUCGAAACACUAUACACAAUAUUUGAGUGAUUGCAAUAAGACGCCCUCUCAUUACAUCAUAGUAAUAAAAAAAUGUCAUUCGAUGCUUUGUACUCAAACACUAUGCAGAUAUUGCAGGACCUGCUUUCCAGAUAUGUGGACAUCUUUACCUGGACUCUGGAAACCCUAUACUUUAAAUGCAUCAUGUCUGCCAACAAGAACCAACAAGAAAAUGUGAAAUAUUCAGUUAAAAACCACCUGGAGCUCACAUAUUGCGUAUACUAAUGGACCUUUAAUAAACUUAAUAAAAAAAUGGA